ACGAACAAAAAUGAAAAUUGCACAUAUUUUUAUGGGACCGAGAGAGUAUAUGUAGGAUCAGAUUACACUGCGUACUGAGAUGACUAAUCUCAAAAGGAACAAGCUGAAUACAAAGGAAACAAGAUAACAAUUGUUCUAAGUACAAGAAAUAGCAAUCAGAGCCCUAGCUACGUUCAAGUCCUCAGCCAAACUUGAACCUUACCACUGAUUGAAACCUGCACACUAAGAAGAAUUGUUAGAACCACAAGAUAAGACUCCGAAGAGUCUAAAACCAAAAGGAAAAACAAGAAGAAAUCAGAGAUUUGGAAGAUAAGGCUCAGGUCACAGCAGUUACUGCACUAGGUCUUGGACCUCCCCAAAUCUCAACCGAUUGUCACAAAGGUAGCGCCAUCUAACGGAUUAAACCAUCGGGAAUCAGUAACCCUGGAUCUCACCGACUACCGCACACCACGGCCUGCUCAACACGCAAAUCACCAUGAUCCUCUUAGAUCUCAGCCUCAUAACACAAGAACUCUCAAGAACAUCACCAACCACACACAGAUCUAACUUCUGAGUCAGAUCUAUUGAUCUAACACCAGGUCUCGAGGCAACCAAAGCAGUGUCCUUAACUCAAGAUCUUAACCUAUGAAUCUCUCUAAAAUCGAGAAUCAUCGAAGGAAACGGAAGAUCGGAGAAGAUGACCGGCUACAACCACCGUGAGAAGAGAGAGAGAGUGUAGAGAGAAGGCAGAGCAUAUCACAAGAAAGAGAGAAUAGACUUGAAUGAGAUGGAGUGAAGGAGGCGGAGAGACUUAUCACUCCCAACAAACACAACCCUUCACCCCAAUGGUCCAGGUUCGUGAUUUGCAUGGAAUGCACACGUGGCGGCCAUCGGUGAGAGAGAUUAAGUGAAUAAGUAAACGGGCCUCAGCAAGUUUUGGGCCUACAUUUAACUCACAAUGGGCUUAACAUAAUAUCAGCUAAGCCAACAUUAAAUAUCAGCCCAAUCCAAAAAUGGAAUCCAAUAUUCGAACAGUAUAAAAUACACUGUUGCGUAAUUGGAUUUUGUAUAUGUUUACUUUAUUAAUUACUUUCUUAUUAAUGAUUAAUAUUUUAUUAAUGAUAUCAUAUAAAUACCUUCACUUUUAGAAAUUCUAUAUUUUAAAUUGAAUUUCAUUCUAUUUUUGAGUGUUUAUAAAUGCCAAAAAAAAAAUACCUUCAUCUUUCACCAAAGUUGCUAGUAUCACUAUAAUAAACUUUCAGUUAUAUCUCUCCGGGAACAUCCACCAACAAUUCAUCUCUCUCUCCUCACCAUUCUCGUGUGUAUAGGUUUGCUAUUUUGUCCGAAAUGUAUGAUAGCUUACUUGCAUUUUUGUCAUAUAUGUCCAAACUAAUACUGUUCAUUAAUAUGCUGAUGAAUGAAGCGUGAACAAAUUUUCCUUUUUGUUACUCAUACAAACUCAACUGCUUAUUUUGAUAUCGAGAGAGUAUGGAUUUUGGACGCGGCAAAGAGUCUGUGAAGCUGAAGCAUCCGUUGAUUGAAGAGACUAAGUCGGCGGAGGAUGGAUUCCUCGCUGAGGCCAAGAAGCAGAUAUCUCUGGUCCUUCCUAUGAUCUUCACCAAUGUCGUCUAUUUUUUCAUCCCUCUUAUCUCCGUCAUGUUCGCCGGCCACUUCGGCCACCUCGAGCUCGCCUCCUCCAAUCUCGCCAAUUCCUGGGCCGCCGCCUCCGGCUUCGACCUCAUGGUUGGACUGAGCGGCGCGCUGGAGACACUGUGCGGCCAGGGAUUUGGCGGGAAAAUGUACGGGAUGCUUGGAGUGUAUCUCCAGGCGUCCUGCAUUGUCUCCGCGGCUUUCUCGGCAGCCGUGUCGCUUCUGUGGUGGUAUUCAGGGGCGAUUUUGGCCUCGCUGGGGCAGGACGCUGGCGUUGCUGGAUCGGCGGGUUUGUAUCUGAGGUGGCUCAUCCCGGGGCUGUUCGCCCAGGGAUUUUUGCAGCACAUGUUGAGAUUUGUGCAGGCGCAGUCGGUGGUGGCGCCGCUGGUGCUGUGUGCCGGCGUGCCGCUGGUGCUGCACGUCGGUGUGGCCUAUGCGCUGGUCCACUGGACGGCGCUGGGGUUCAGAGGGGCGGCCGCGGCCGCGUCGGUUUCGCUGUGGGUUUCUGUGGUGAUGCUGGGUUUCUAUGUAGUUAAGGCGGAUAAGUUCCGGCUGACGUGGCGGGGGUUUAGUUGGGAGGCCUUGAAGCAUGUGUUUUCCUAUUUGAAGCUCGCUCUGCCUUCUGCGGCUAUGGUCUGUUUGGAAUAUUGGGCUUUUGAGAUUCUUGUGUUGUUGGCUGGAUUGAUGCCGGAUUCGCAGCUCACUACUUCGCUGAUUGCAAUGUGUGUGAAUGCAGAGACGAUUUGCUACAUGAUCUGCUAUGGUCUUGGUGCUGCAAUUAGCACAAGGGUGGCUAAUGAGUUGGGAGGUGGGAAUCCUGAGGGAGCAAGGCGAGCCACGAGCGUCGCCCUUAAGCUAACGCUAGUGCUUGCCGUGUGUGUUGUGUCGGCACUUGGUUUCGGUUAUAAUGUGUUUGCAGCCGCCUUCACCAACAGCCCUCUCGUCUUAAACGCCUUCGCCUCCAUGGUUCCACUCCUCGUCGCUUCUGUCUUGUGUGAUUUUUUUCAAGGAAUUUUCUCAGGGGUAGCAAGGGGAUGUGGAUGGCAACACUUAGUUGUGUUCAUCAAUAUUGGGAGCUUCUACUUGAUUGGCAUGCCUCUUGCUAUCAUCCUUGCUUUUUACUUUAAACUAUAUGCCAAGGGAUUAUGGGUUGGGUUAGCAUGUGGUUUGGCAGCCCAAACGAUGGGUCUUUUGGUGCUUUCCAAUGUCACAAAAUGGACAAGGAUAGAGUUUUGUCAAAGUCCAUCUUCCAACAUUGUUCAACCAUCGGUAUAAUAAAUCAUACUGUCACCAAUAAAUCACACUGUGUUCCAGUGCCUUAUUAGUUUACUCCAAUAAAUAAAAUGAGUGGUUUGCAAAAA